UGAAAGUCGUUGUCAAGUCAUCAUUUUUGGGAUGAGUCUCAAAUUCUUUGUUUACGAAGGUAGAUUAAAGAAUGAUUAUUGUUUUUGUAAUCCAUUGUCAUUGGUUGAGGCUUGUAUUAAUGUGGAUGGAAGACAGAUAGAAGUUGCUUAUCAUGCAAACAAGCUUAUAAAAGAGCUUUCUAACGUAGAAAGUCUAGUACUGACACCUCAAACAUUUGAGGCCCUCGACUACAAAGAAGAAUUCAUUGCUCAUCUACCCAAGUUUCAUAACCUGACCCAUCUUGAAUUUUACAUGGGUUUUGUGGACAUGGCUUCUGGAGCACUAAUGAAAGUAUUCCAAAACUCGCUGUGUCUUGCUUCUCUUGAAUUGAACGGGGGUAUUGAACUAACCAAGGAGGAUUGGAAAUUGGAUCACGUGCCUCCAUGCUUCUUAACACAACUUAAGACUAUCAAAAUUGGUGAUUUUCUUGGAACUGAAGAAGAAGUACUUGUGGUGAGGACUUUGCUUCAGAAUACAGCAGUCUUAGAAAGAAUGGUUAUAUCUUGGUCUAAAGAAUUCUCAGGGCAAGAUCAAAAGCAAAAGGCAGUUAAUGAUCAUCUACUAACACUUCCAAAAGUGUCACUGAAUUGUGUUAUUUCUUUCUCUUGAGCAGUGAGCCUUAUUUGGAUUUUGGUUUCAGUCAUUUCUGUGUCCAUCUUGUUGGAACAUGCAAAGGAUGUAGCUAUUUUUGUUUAGGUUUUCAGCUUUAGCCAAAAAAUUGCAUUGUAGACCAAGUGCUUGACCCUCUAUUGUUCUUCAAUUUUGGCUAAUUUAAUUAAUAAUUCUUUAGUUUUCA